AUGGCUCUCCACCUCCCUCUAUCCCUUGCAGCUCCCAACAAGUUCCUUCCCUCUGCUUCCUUCCUCAGACCACCUUCUCUCAUCCACUUGCUUAAGUCCGCCAGUCCGAUAACAUCAUGGCGAGAAGGCGAACGUUCUAACCAAUCGGCCACGUGCCCACUAUCUAUCUAUCUAUCUAUCUAUCUAUCUAUCUAUCUAUCUAAUUCUUUUCUUUAUCUAUCUAUCUAUCUAUCUAAUACUUUUCUUAAUCUAUCUAUCUAUCUAUCUAUCUAUCUAUCUAUCUAUCUAAUUCUUUUCUUUAUCUAUCUAUCUAUCUAUCUAUCUAUCUAUCUAUCUAUCUAUCUGUGUCUGACCAUUGGUCUGCCUGACACUGCUUUAUCAAUCUACUCUUAUACAGAAGGAUCGUUAUCGCAUAGCAGUUCAAGUCUCCUUUUUCUUCAUGAAAUUCAUAAUGAAUACGUCCACCAAGCCAAAUGUGGACACAAGUCGCAUGUUCAGAGCAACUAUUGCGGAACAGUAUUACAGGUAAGAGACCUUCCUUUUCGUACACUGACUACGGAGCUAGAAAGUGUACCUGGGCUCAUUCAAGAAUAUGCACGUGAUUCGGAAAGAUGUUUCGGCGAAGUGCACUUCAGAAGCUGCCUGAUGUUAGCGAUACUUUUGUUUGUCCGUUGCGAUUAA